AUGUAUUCCUCUGAGCUUCGCCAUGCCCAGGUCGAUCAUUCCAGCGACUGGAUCCGUUGGAAUCUGAGUCGGCUCCGGUUCAGCUCUUCUCGAUUCCAGCAAGUUCCGACAGGUUCCUUGCCGCCGGAUUCUGGCCGGAAUUGCGCAGAAAAUAUCCGAUCAGUUCCUGACCGUUUCCAGCUCGAAAGUGCAUCACGAAGUGACAGUGAAAGCACCAAAGAAAAUUACUGCCAUGGAGGGAGCGCUCGACCUGAACAAGUACUUAGCAACUUACCAUGUCUUCUUCAUGACGAAUACGACGAAGUAUAUUUGGAUCCAUUUCAAAUCGACGAAAACAAAAUCAAUCGUGUGCUUCGAUCGGGUGUUCGUCUUUGCCAGCCCAUGGAUAUAAACAUAGACAUGGACGAUCGAGCUGGUUUCCCUGGAUGA